GAAAGCGCUCGUCCGUUCCACAUCCCAGAUCUGACUUUUAACAGUGUGCGCUUUGUUUUGCCUUAUUUGUUUUCUCCUGCAGAGCCGAGUUCCCAUUACGUGAUUUCCUUAAAGGCGUUUAACAACGCAGGCGAGGGGGUGCCUCUGUACGAAAGUGCGACCACCAGGUCGAUGACAGUCCCAGAUAUCUCCACCCCCAUGCUCCCACCAGUAGGUGUCCAGGCUGUUACACUUACGCAUGAUGCAGUGAGGGUCAUCUGGGCAGACAACUCUGUCCCAAAGAACCAAAAGACUACGGAGGUUCGCUUCUACACGGUCCGAUGGAGAACGAGCUAUUCGACAAGUGCUAAGUACAAGUCGGCAGAUACGACCGCUCUGAGUCACACCGUGAUAGGGCUGAAGCCCAACACCAUGUACGAGUUCUCCGUCAUGGUCACCAAAGGUCGGCGGUCCAGCACCUGGAGCAUGACCGCGCACGCCACCACCUAUGAAGCAGCUCCAACCUCUGCUCCCAAGGAUUUGACAGUUAUUACACGGGAAGGGAAGCCCCGGGCCGUCAUCGUCAGCUGGCAGCCACCGUUGGAUGCCAAUGGAAAAAUUACUGCUUACAUCCUCUUCUAUACUUUGGACAAGAACGCUCCAAUCGAUGACUGGAUUAUGGAGUCCAUCAGCGGCGACCGGCUCACCCACCAGAUCAUGGACCUCAACCUGGACACCGUCUACUACUUCAGAAUCCAAGCUCGCAACGCCAAGGGAGUGGGGCCCCUCUCCGAUCCUGUUUUCUUCCGGACGCUGAAAGUCGAACACCCUGACAAAAUGGCUAAUGACCAAGGUCGUCACGGGGAUGGCUCCUACUGGCCGGUGGACACCAACCUGAUUGACAGGAGCAGUCUGAACGAGCCUCCCAUCGGGCAGAUGCACCCUCCCCACGGCAGCGUCACACCCCAGAAGAACAGCAACCUCCUUGUCAUCAUCGUCGUCACCAUCGGCGUCAUCACCGUGGUGGUGGUGGUGGUAGUGGCCGUCAUCUGCACCAGGCGCUCCUCGGCACAGCAGAGGAAGAAACGUGCAACCCACAGUGCUGGUAAAAGGAAGGGCAGCCAGAAGGACCUGAGGCCCCCGGAUCUGUGGAUACACCAUGAGGAGAUGGAAAUGAAGAACAUCGAGAAGCCGACGGGCUCGGACCCCGCAGGAAGGGACUCCCCGAUGCAGAGCUGCCAGGACAUCACCCCCGUCAGCCACAGCCAGUCGGAAACGCAGCUGGGCAGCAAGAGCACGCCGCAGCCCGGUCCAGAGACAGAAGAUGUGGGAAGCAGCAUGUCCACGUUAGAGCGCUCACUUGCUGCCCGCAGAGCCACCCGUGCCAAGCUCAUGAUCCCCAUGGAUUCACAACCGAACAACCCUCCUGUGGUCAGCGCCAUUCCGGUGCCAACGCUAGAAAGUGCCCAGUAUCCCGGGAUCCUGCCGUCCCCGACCUGCGGAUACCCGCACCCGCAGUUCACCCUUCGGCCGGUGCCGUUCCCGACCCUCUCUGUGGACAGGACCUUUGGAGCAGGAAGAACUGUAAACGAAGCACCAGCACCACAGCAGCCGUCCUUGCUGCCGCAGACGCAGCCUGAGCACUCCAACAACGAGGACGCCCCGAGCAGAACCAUCCCCACCGCCUGCGUCCGCCCUACGCACCCUCUCCGCAGCUUUGCCAACCCCUUGCUACCUCCGCCCAUGAGUGCAAUAGAACCGAAAGUCCCUUACACACCACUUCUGUCUCAAACAGGGCCUAACCUCCCCAAGGCUCAGGUUAAAACAGCAUGCCUUGGCUUGGCAGGGAAAGCCAGGUCACCUCUGCUGCCUGUCUCGGUGCCCACGGCCCCGGAGGUCGCAGAAGAGGGCCACAAGCAGACGGAGGACUCCGCGAACGUUUAUGAGCAGGAUGAUCUGAGUGAACAGAUGGCCAGUUUGGAGGGGCUAAUGAAGCAGCUCAAUGCUAUCACAGGCUCAGCCUUCUAA